GGGUUUGGCCUCAGUCAGCGCCUCUGCUCACGCCGUGGAGUCAGCGAGCAGCGCGGCUUGCGAGCCAAGGGGCCGUGGAGAGAGUGGGCGCUCGCUCCGGGCAACCCCAAUGCGUGGACUAUCUGCGGCUGCACUAUGCUGGAGCCACAGUGCCGCUGAAGGGAGAUUGCACGCGGCCGGCUGGGCUGGACUGCAGCGCUGUCGUUCCUUAUGAAGAAGACACAAACUUGGAUUAUCACUUGCUUUUAUCUUCAACUGCUCCUACUUAAUCCUCUUGUCAAAGCCCAAAGUCCCUGUGGGAAUCCAGUGACAGAUGAUGUGAAUGACAUUACAAAACUGGUUGGAAAUCUUCCAAAUGAUUAUAUGAUAACCCUUAGGUAUGUUCAGAAGAUGGACACUCUGCCUAAUCACUGUUGGUUGCAUUUGAUGGUGCCUGAGUUUUCAAAGAGUCUGCAUAAUCUUCUGCAAAAAUUUUCAGAUAUGUCUGAUGUUUUAAGUAACUAUUCAAUCAUCAAUAAUCUCACGAGGAUAAUCAAUGAUAUUAUGUCAUGUCUAGAUUCUGAGAAAAAUAAGAAUUUUAGAAAAGAAAAUGUUCAUCUUUAUGAAGAAGGCAGGUUCAUUCCUGAAGAAUUUUUUAGGCGCUUUAAUAGCACCAUUGACGCCUACAUGGAUUUUGCAGAAAAAUCAGAUCAUAGUGACUGUGUUCUGCCGUCAACAACAGAAACACCAGAGAACAAUCCAAGAGUCAGUGUAACAAAUUCAUUUUUGUUACCUCCUGUUGCUGCCAGUUCCCUUAAGAAUGACAGCAGUGACAGUAACAAAGAGGCACUCGACUUCAUUAGCAGCCCCAGCCUGAAAGUGAUAAGCAUAGCCCUGCCAUCAUUGUUUUCUCUUCUUAUUGGCUUUACUUUGGGAGCUAUCUGCUGGAAGAAAACACAUCGCACACCCAGACCAGAGAGUGAUGAAACAACACAGUGUAAUAACUGUCAAGAGGAUAAUGAGAUAAGUAUGUUGCAGCAAAAAGAAAAAGAGCUCUUACAAGUGUAGCUGUUGCUUUUUUCCAACACUGUUACUGUUUCAUGUACUGGCAGCCAACAGUUCCAUGUUUGCUUCAUAAAUGAAGCAACUUUAAGCAUAUUCAUAUUCCUUGUGGAGUGACAGACUGAGUCUGCAUUGAUUGAAUCAGUAUGGAUCCUGGGCAGCAGAGAGAUGAGAAUGAAGUGUGUGUUUGUUGCUGUGAAACCAGCACUGAAUUGAACAACAUCAAGAAGAGUGUGCUCUGAGCAGGACUCUAUUUUAUUCAAAUACCUACCUUGUGUGGAAUUGGGAGUCGUUGAACUGUAUAGUCCUUACAGCUGAUUCUGGCAAAGGAAGUAGGUGGCCUGAACAAAAAAGACAUCUUUCAAAUGCCUCCAGAAACAUGUAAUUUUUGAAAGUCAUAAGGAAGUUUGUAUUCUUAAUUUACAUCCUGUGUCCUCUUGCUUACCCUGAUGCCUACAAAUGGAGUUCUCUGAAUUGGAAAAAAAAAUGCAGAAAUGGAUACAGAAACAUACUCUUCAGUAUUGUUAUAUAAAACUUGCAAGUCAGGUGGUGCACUGGACCAGUGUGCUAGCCUUUCACUUCUAAGGAACUGGUUUCAUAUCUAGCAAAGGUCAUAUGUAAAAUGAGAUGUGGUCUCUAUCUUGUGCCCGGUGGAUGUAUGUCCACCACAAAAACCUCCACAGAACUUGGCUUGGCUGGUGGUCUCCAUUUAGGAAAAGCAAAGAAUGAUUCAGAAAGAAGUAAAGCAGAAGUGACAGUAGCAGGAUGGAGAUUUGACAACAUUAGGAGAAACUGUUGUAUGUGUGAAGACUCCAAUUAAAAUUCCAGCCAUAGAAUGGGGAGGGAAAACAAAGUUUGAAUUGCAUUCAACAUCUGGAAUAACAUUACACUCGUGAAACCUUUUCUAAAUAUUGAUGAUGCAUGCCACUGAUUCCUUAGCUUAUAUAAGAUGUAGGAAAUGUGGAAGAUACUGAGACUGAAUUUAUUAAUUACUGCUGACAUACAGUAAAGCUAUUUGCAUUGUGUUUUAAAUGACUAAUAAGGUUUUAUUUUUUAAUUUGGCAUUCUCCCCCCCACACCCUUUUUUUAAGAUGAAUUCUAAUCAAAGUAUGAAAGCUUUAUUUCCAGUUGUCCUCAGUGUCUAUUGCUAUUAUUAAAUACAUGAACUACAGAAACAAGACUGAUAAUAAAUUAAGACUUUGUCAGACAUGCAUUUUUAAGGAGGCACUGAAAAUACUAUACUGGAACUUGCAACGUGCGUUUUAUGCAUCCCAUUUGUACAGGCUCUUUCCAGAAAAUGGACCCUACUUAUUUAUCUAUUUUAAUGUUGUCUGCUGCAGAAAGGAGGAAUGUCUCACCCCAAAUGACAAACUUACUAACAGCUUACCAUUAACCCAGUAACAGUUAAUUAAAAUAUGUCCAAAAUAUUUUGUUUUAAUAUCUUCAUAAAGCUGACUAUAUAUUUUAGAGAUACUUUUAUUUAAACUUUUAGAAGAACUGUCAUGGAUGCUUUAGUUAUUUCCUUAAUCUGCUAUGAACUAUAUGUCAAAGGAAUUUACUGUAUAUAGGGUCAAUUAAUUAUAAAGACAUCUGAGUGUCACAAUGUACAAAAAGUAUUAUGAUCAAUGAUGGAAAUUACAGAUACGUAUAGACAAUUUGGGUGGAAACUUGGCAAAUCAAUGGCAAACUCCUAUUGAUUUCAAUGGGGUCAAAAUUUGCCCUUUAGAAUCUUGUUUUCAAUGUUCUUGCAGGGAUCCUCAGUUGGUGUAAACUGUCAUAGCUCCAUUAAAGUCAAUGGAGCUAUGAUAAUUUACACCAAUUGAGGAUCUGUCCCUAGAGCAAGUCAAGAGGCUUUUAUGUAAGUCAGAACUGGACCUUAAUAUCCUGACUUUCAUAAGAUGCUGGAGCACCCACUACUUCAAUUGAAAUAAAUGGGAGAAGCUCAGCACCUCUAAAAAUCAGACCCUUAGCAACUUUUAGCACUACAGAAAACCAAGCAGUAGAAUUCUCCAUUUGUAGCAGCUCAGUCUGACACAAUAAUGUAUGUCUGUAUUUCUUAAACUAGUAUUUCAAGCCUACUUUAAAAGUUCCACUUUUAGAAUCUCAGCAUGUCCUAGUAUUUGUUUGUGAACUUGCACCCAGAGCCCUGCAGUGGGACUAGGAUCCUGCAGAACUUGCUGCCAUAAUAGUUGGAGUGGGUAAAAUGUACUUUGUUGCUGGCAGGAUUGGGUGGGCAAAAAAACCCACCAAAACUGGUAAUUUGCAGGAAAAACACUAAAUAUCUCAUCAGUUUGUCAUAAAUAGAAUUUCAAAAAUGUAAAACAAGUUUUUUUUUAUUUUAAAUAAAUGUUUUAAUGCUUAUAUUUAAGCAAGGGAUAGAAAGAUUUGAUGUCUCUUAUAACAGGAGUUAAAAGUAUUUUUACAUGGUUUAAGUAAGAUUUGUUUAUUCUUUUAGUGAUAAAAAUUUUGUCUGAAGUGUGUGUGUAUUAACCGACUGGUGGUGGUUUUUAAUAGGAUGGGAGGAUCGAUCUCUCUCACACAGGAUUUGCAGAAU